AUGGAAGUAACAAAGCAAAACAAGGAACCAAUAUUUGAUCUCAUAGAUCAUCUAAAACAUGUUUGUGUCAAAAUUCCUUUAUUCCAAGCCAUUAAAGAUGUCCCAAUCUACAACAAAGCAAACAAAGAAGCUUAUUUAAAGAAACCAGGAAGAAAGAAAAAAGAUCCACAAACAGUGCAUCUAGUAGGUCAAAUAGUUGAUAUCAUUCUUGGGAAGGUGACUGUUCCUAAUUAUUCUAACCCUAGUAGCCCUGUAGUUGGAAUUGUUAUCAAUGGAAUCCACGUUCAAAAUGCUCUAAUUGAUUUAGGUGUAGCUAUCAAUGUGAUGAAAAAAGAUGUCAUGCAACAUUUAAACAUCACUACUUUAAUACCUACCCCUAUUGUCCUACAACUAGCAGAUAGUUCUACUGUUAAACUUGAUGGUAUGGUGGAAGACCUUGUAGUCACCCUAUAUUCUUGGGAAUACCUAGCUGAUUUUAUGAUUCUAUCUCUGAAGGAAACUCUGAGAGGAGAUCCCAUUAUUUUGGGCAGACCUUGGUUAGCUACAAUAGAUGCUUCUAUAAGAUGUAGAUCAGGAGAUAUGAUAAUUUCAAAUGGCAUGACUGCUAAGAAGCUUGUACUUUAUCCCCUAACAAAACCUCAACUUGACUUGACACAACCGAUGUGGCCUAACAUAGGGGAAGAAACAGAUGAAGACAAUUCAGUUGCACAACUUAUGGUAAUAGAUAAGGAUCCCUUCUUGCAGCUUCAAGAGGAAGAUGAAAUACUCUCUAACAUCCUUCAGAAUCAUUAUGGAGCAGUUGAGCAACCAGAUUGA